AUCUGUGGUUUCGCCUACGGGCGCUCUUGACCCUCGAUGCUUUCCGUAGUUUCCGACAACAACACGAUGGCCGCUACCACUGAUUGCAGCAAGAAACCAGAGCUAUCUAAAGCUGAGUAUCUUAAACGUUAUUUAUCCGCGGACGGAGAUGUCAAGAAGUCCAAGGGGAAGCUUAAAAAGAAAAGGCGCAAAGUUCCCGAGAAAGGGCUUAAAAUAGUAGACGACGACAUAGACUGGAAACAGAUGGUCAUAGAGGAGGAGGAGAAUGAUGAGGACGAAGAGGAAGCUCCAGUGAUUGCAGAGUUUAUUGAUGAGAGACCAGAUGAUGUGAAACAGCUCGAAGCCUUCAGAACCAGUAAUAGAUGGAAAGUGAUUGGAGCUGAUGAAACAGAAGUAGCAGAAGAGGGGGAGGUAAGUGAAGAUCAACCUCUAGAGCCGGGGGCAUCAAACAGGAAUCGCCAUGACUCACCAGAGUUGUCAUCAGAGCGAGGGAGACAUGAUUCCCCUGUUAGAAAAACCCGACAUGACUCUCCAGAUGUAUCCCCUCCCAGAAGAGGUCGCCAUGAUUCUCCAGACAUAUCCCCCCCAAAGAAAGGUCGCCAUGAUUCUCCAGACAUAUCCCCCCCAAAGAAAGGUCGCCACGACUCUCCUGACAUGUCCCCCAAAAGACGAGGUCGCCAUGAUUCUCCAGACAUAUCCCCUCCCAGAAGAGGCCGCCAUGACUCCCCAGACUUGUCCCAUCCAAGGCAACAUUCAGGGAAAUCAGGGAAGGCACAAAGUAAAGAUUCAUCUCCUGCCAGAAGAAAGCCCGGCUCAUCAUCAAAUAAAAAUCCUGAUCGUCAUCGAUCACCUCUAGCAAAGAAGGCUCAGGGCAGGCAUGAUUCAGAUUCUGACCAGUCACCCCCUCGAAAAAAGCUGCUAAAGGGAGGCGCCUCAGAUUCCGACCAGUCACCUCCACGGAUGCGCUCAAAAACAAGACGAGGCUCUGACUCUGACCAGUCACCACCCAGGAGGCGGCAGCAUGGUGGAAAGGUCUCAGAUGAAGAUCUCUCACCACCUCGUAGGCCUGGCCAAUCACAGGGUCCAAGGAUGCUUUCUGGUGGGAAAGCAGGUCUGGUUCCUUUAGAUGUUUUAAGGAAGGAGCAGGAGGAGAACCGUCGCAGAGACAGAAACAACCAGCCAUUAGAAGAUGAAUCCCGCAAUGCCCAGACGGUGUUCCGAGACAAGAGUGGUAAAAGGAGGGACUUGGAGUCGGAGAGAGAUGAACAGAAGAGGAAAGCUGGAGAAAAAGCAGCAAAGGAUGAGAAAUAUGCUCAGUGGGGGAGAGGGUUGGCUCAAGGCCAGAUGCAACAGCAGAAGCUUGAGGAUGCCGUGCAUGAGGCCCAAAAGCCGCUGGCACGUCGCUGCGAUGACGAGGAUCUGGACCGUAUGUUGAGAGAGCAGGAAAGGGAGGGAGAUCCGAUGGCAGCGAUGCUCAGACGGAAAAAGGAACGCAAUCCAAAGACAAAAGAGAAACCUCGAUAUAAAGGCCCAGCCCCACCGCCAAACCGUUUCAAUCUUCUACCAGGCUAUCGCUGGGAUGGAGUUGACAGGUCAAAUGGUUUUGAAAAGAAACGCUACAUGCGGAUGGCUGAUAAAAAAGCCGUCCAGGAGGCAGCAUAUAAAUGGAGUGUGGAGGACAUGUAGUGGCAGCUGUACUCUGAUGGACCAGGAGACAGGAUAUCUAAUCCAUGCUGUUGAAACCAGAUUAGAAACAUCUACUCAACAGUACCAGCAUUUUGAGUAUAAAGAUAGUUAUAUAAAGAUGCACUUUGUUCAUCUUUCAAAGCAGUUUGAUACUGUACAAGGGACAUUGUAUUAUUACAAACUGAUGAUCUACAAACACAACUGUACAUAGCAGUGAAGUGACAGCAUCUUUAUUAUUUUGUAAUAAGUGAAUCAAUGUAGAGAAUGUAGAAAAAGAAGAUGUGUUUUUCACUGUUUUAUUAAAUAAUGUUUUUGUAAAA